AAGCGAGUCCUCCUUCGAUUCUCUCUCAGUAACAACCAAAUAGAAGGAGAUGCCAAACACUAACCCUAACCCAGCCAUGAGCCUGAACCCCACAUCCUCACCAACGGACCUGAACCCAGCCAAGAAGUCGAAGCCGAACAGCCCCGAGCUACCAGAAUAUGAACUUCCCGAGUGCCAGAUAGAUGCCGAUGUUCUAAAACUCUCGCCAGAAGAAAGGAUGCGAAGGAGUUGGUUGGCCUUUGGCGAAGAGUCGAAGAAAAAUCCUCGUCCAAGGGAUGUCUUAUACAAUGGACCAAAAUUCGAUCCUUCACAACCUUUACCAAAGGGAUAUGCAUGGGGUUCUUACAUCCCUAGGAGUGGAAUUAAAUCUUUUCCUGUUAGGAUGCAUUGCAUUGGCUGUGGCGUGCGUGGAGAUCACUGGGCUGAUGACUGCCCAAAAAAGGGUACCGAAGAGUUCGAGAGGAAUUUUACCCGUAUUCUCGAGAAUUAUCGUGAUGAGACCGAGACCAAGUAA